CCGACCCUGGGCUCUCAUUGGAUUCCAGGGUGGGGGGCGGGGCCGGCGGGAGGUUAGACAAGUGACAAAACCCUCGGAUUAGGGAAAAAGCGAAGGUUCGGAAGCUGAGUCAGAUCUUGUCGCAGAGGUGGGAGAAGGAAUUAAAAAAAACAAAAAGAGAGGGGAGUGGGGAAAGUGGGGGAGGGGCGAGGGCCGGCGGUUCUCGCGUACAUGCGAAGAGGCGUCACAUGGCCUUGCGGUCGCCAUGACGACCCGACUUGGUAGCAAGGCGGGCCUCGCGCUGCGGGCGUCGUGACGUGUGAAACAGGCUGCGGGCUUGCGGGCAAGAUCUCUUACCUCUGCUGCAGGUGUGCGGUCUGAGCGGUCAUGGACCUGGGACACAUGAGGAAGAAUUAUCUCAGGGACCAGGAGGCGUUCGAGGAGGAGCACCUGGCCUCACUGGACCCCAUAAAACAGUUCGCAGCUUGGUUCGAAGAAGCCUCCCGGUGCCCAGAAGUGGGUGAAGCCAACGCCAUGUGCCUGGCCACAUGCACCAGGGAUGGAAAGCCUUCUGCUCGAAUGUUGCUGUUGAAGGGCUUUGGCAAGGAUGGCUUCAAUUUCUUCACUAACUUUGAAAGCCGAAAAGGAAAAGAGCUGGAUUCUAACCCUUUUGCUUCCCUUGUCUUUUACUGGGAGCCUCUCUCUAGACAGGUUCGUAUAGAAGGGAAGGUGAAGAGACUGCCAGAGGAGGAAGCUGAGCGAUAUUUCCACUCCCGUCCUAAAAGCAGUCAAAUUGGUGCAGUUGUCAGUCGUCAGAGCUCUGUUAUCCCCAAUCGGGAAUACCUGAGGAAGAAGAAUGAGGAGGUACAUAAGCUCUACCUGGAGCAGGAAGUACCCAAGCCUGAAUAUUGGGGUGGCUAUGUCCUUUACCCAGAAGUGAUAGAAUUCUGGCAAGGUCAAACCAACCGUCUGCAUGAUCGAAUUGUCUUCCGGAGGCUGCAGCCUGAAGAGGCCCAAAUAGGACCUAUGACCCACCGUGGGGUUGAUGACUGGUUCUAUGAGAGACUCUCACCAUGAUUGUCUGAUGGCUGGUGAUUGGAUCCUCUCAGCUCACAGCUGGAAACUGGAACAGAGUGGUGAGAAAUACAAGGAAAGUUCCCAUCAGGCUCUAAGCAGAGCCCCCUUACUAUACAUUCAGAGCCUUGCCAGCUUGGUCACCUAAGCACUUUGUUAUUAAGUCAACUUUAAUUUAUUCAUGGUUAGUAACAGGUAAUGAAGAGUACCCAAAAAACAAUCCAAAAUUGGAUAAUCCAAAAA